CUUCUAGAUGCUUAACAACCUUUCUAGCUCGCUAAUGGCGUUGGCGGUAGGCUCAGCUGUGUCUGUCUCUACCUCGUCGAUGGCUUCGUCGACGUCUGCUAUGGUUUCGUCCUCUCUUUCUUCGACCUGCAUCUCUACCUCCUCUUCUUCCUCUUCUUCCUCCUCCCCCUCUUCUUCCUCCUCCCCCUCUUCGUCCUCUUCUCGCUCGACGCUUCUCUCCGCCGCCUCGACCAACGCCUCCCACGCCUCGCGCUGCCGGCGUGUGAAACGAUACUCUAGGCUCUUCUACGCGUGCUCCCGUUGUUGCUUCUCUACUAUCCAUCGCCGCCCACAUCGCCGCUCCACAGGCUCGGCCUGCUGCUCCUGCCUAGGCUCAGGCUCGGCCACAGGCUCCUUGACGCUCGCUAACAACUCCAGCCGCUCCAUGCCAACCAAAUACGGCAACCACUACGUCCGCUCCAGCCACGGGUUCACCUCGUCUCUGUCUCCCUCCUAGAUAGUGUUCUGCGCCCGCGUCUCGACAUUCGCCUACGCCUUAGCUAUC